GCCGGGGAGCCGAGCCAGCCGAGUCGUGCGGGCUGUGGCAGGGAAGGGGCCACCACCAUGGGAUGUACUCUGAGCGCUGAGGAGAGAGCCGCCCUCGAGCGGAGCAAAGCGAUUGAGAAAAACCUCAAAGAGGAUGGUAUCAGCGCCGCCAAAGAUGUGAAAUUACUCCUGCUGGGGGCUGGAGAAUCAGGAAAAAGCACCAUUGUGAAGCAGAUGAAGAUCAUCCAUGAAGAUGGCUUCUCUGGAGAAGACGUGAAGCAGUACAAGCCUGUGGUGUACAGCAACACCAUUCAGUCUCUGGCAGCCAUUGUCCGGGCCAUGGACACUUUGGGCAUCGAAUAUGGUGACAAGGAGAAAAAGGCUGAUGCCAAGAUGGUGUGCGACGUGGUGAGUCGCAUGGAAGAUACCGAGCCCUUCUCUGCUGAGCUGCUUUCUGCCAUGAUGCGACUCUGGGGUGACUCAGGAAUCCAAGAGUGCUUCAACCGGUCUCGGGAAUAUCAGCUCAAUGAUUCUGCCAAAUACUACCUGGACAGCCUGGAUCGGAUUGGGGCCGGCGACUACCAGCCCACCGAGCAGGACAUCCUCCGAACCAGGGUCAAAACCACUGGCAUCGUAGAAACCCACUUCACAUUCAAGAACCUCCACUUCAGACUGUUUGAUGUUGGGGGCCAGCGAUCUGAGCGCAAGAAGUGGAUCCACUGCUUCGAGGACGUCACGGCCAUCAUUUUCUGUGUCGCGCUCAGCGGCUAUGACCAGGUGCUCCACGAAGACGAAACCACGAACCGCAUGCACGAAUCCCUGAAGCUUUUCGACAGCAUCUGCAACAACAAGUGGUUCACAGACACGUCCAUUAUCCUGUUCCUUAAUAAGAAGGACAUUUUUGAAGAGAAGAUCAAGAAGUCACCACUGACCAUCUGCUUUCCUGAAUACACAGGCCCCAGUGCCUUCACGGAAGCCGUGGCUUACAUCCAGGCCCAGUACGAGAGCAAGAACAAGUCAGCCCACAAGGAGAUCUACACCCACGUCACCUGUGCCACGGACACCAACAACAUCCAGUUUGUCUUUGAUGCCGUGACGGACGUCAUCAUUGCCAAAAAUCUGCGGGGUUGUGGACUCUACUGAGCCCCAGCCCCCUGCCCAAAUGCCCAUGCCCUGCCCAACCCCCACCCACUCUUCCCUGGAACCAGAGCUCUGCCACCUCUCAGGCUGCUCUUUGCACUGAGAAAGAAGACCCAAGAGGCUGGCACCAGGGGGGAGGAGGGAGCACCCUUCACGUACACCCCACCUCUACCCCUCCAACAGCUGGAUCCAUGGUAACGGGGCUGGGAUAGGGUACUGAGCGCCGUGCCGUGCACCACAAGGCGGGAGACCUCCUGAGAUCACUUGGGUGCCACUUGUUGGCCAUUGCUUUGUCACUGUUUUAUUCAGAGGCUGCGGUACAGAGUGCCAAGCUGCCAUUUGAUUUAAAAAGGGCACGUCCUGCACUCCGUGGCUUUUACAGAAGCCCUGAGGCCUCCUGUCCUCUGGGUGUACAGGUGGCAGGGUGGCCCUGCAGUAUAGUAGGGUGCAGGCAGGUUAGGGGCCAGUAGAAACCGUUCUUCAGCUUUGCCGGGCAUCUGUCUAUUUGAGUACUGCUCCGUCACCAAAACCCAGGGUGGAACUAGGCCAACUUUGUGGCUCAGGCCUUGGCAAGAGUCUCCCACCUCCUCUGGUCAUCCUCCCUUGCCCUUGUCCCAGGCCUGGAAUACUCUGAGAAUGACUGGCUGCAAAGCUGGGUGGCUAAAGUCCAGUUCUGUGCCAGACAGAGUUAAGAAAGAAGAAGGAGGCUCUGCAUGGGAGGCAGAGACAGCAGCACAGAGCUCUGGCUGGUCUCCUGGCACAGCCGCUCCAGGUGUGUGUGAACCUCCUCUUCCUUCUUGAGCCUAACUAAAACCAGUAGGAAUGGGUAGGAGCCUUUGAGCUGGGAGCCCUGGAGUUCAGAGGCCUAGAGGAGAUGUGGGUCAUGCCCUGCAGCCAGUGCCCACUCCACUGCAUCUUGGCCCCAGAACUCAGAAGGCCCCCAUUCUCCUGCCAGUCUCCAGUGGCAGAAGAGGACAGGUAGAGGGAACCAGUGACCUGGAGUGUGAGCUCUGAAGGCCCUGGCCCUUGGAGGAAGGGUCCUAGGACUCUUUGAAGGAGCUUUGCUGUAGAAGUCCCUAAAUAGAGGCAUGGGUGACUUCUGGUGACCUGGCUCUGGCUGGCCUUGGGCAAUCAGCACACCUCCCUCUCACUCCCAGGCUUCUCCUGAUGCCAUAGCCAGUAGCCCAGGUAGAUGUGCCACACAAGGGGAAAGAGCUGCCUCCUCCUUGAGCCCCUUGUUCUCCUGGUUUCCACUCUAAACACAGUUCUGUCCCAAGCCAGGCAGGACACCUGGGCUGCCACAUGUAGCCCCUUGAUCUGCCUGGGAAGCAGGAAGAGCCCCAUACCAACAGCUGUGGAUUUGUUGGCUCAACAGGCACAGUGCUCGGGAUGGUACAGGAGAUUCGCAGUCCUUCUCUAGUGUCAAAUGCUUGCCCCUCGUGGUGUCUCCCCUUGGUGUGUUUCACAGUUGCCUCUGGCAGUCAAUCUGCAGGAACUGGCCCAUCAGCCCAACUCCUUGUCUAUUUGUUAAACCCCAUCACUUUUUGAACCUUAUACCAGGUGCUGGCACAUGGCAGAGGAAAGGCCCUUGGUGCCAGUUGUGUCCAUGUCCUGCCAUGAAAGGCUAAGGUCUGUUUAACCAUUUUGUGCAACACUGAAGCCACUCUAGGUAAGGCCAGCAGUGCCGCUCAUUCCACCCUAGAUUCUGAACUCAGAGUCAGAACACCUGAAGAGAAGAAGAUUAGCAGAUGCCGUCCCUGAGGUAAAAGUCACAAACCUGUCACUUCUGAGCUCUGUAUCUCCCCAAGUGGUGAGAGUCCCAAGCUGGAGUCAGGACCCUGGAUCCGUUCCUCCCCUGCGGGAGCACUGCGGGACAGGUGUUCAGGGCCUUCCUGCCUUGCGUGCCGUGUGCCUUUUUCUUCUCUUGGAUGCUCCAUCCUGCUCAUUUGUCUUGCGCUGCUUCCAACUGGUUGUCCCAGCCCACCCUGCUGGAAAGUUGUGUCCAUGUCCUGCCAUGAAACUGGCACAGAUGGAAGGACCUUUGGUUGUCUGAUGUAAGCCCUGCAGGAAAACCCCUGGGCACCACGAUUCCCAGCCAUAUUGGCUCCAUCGCCUCUCCCGUGGUGGUGGGGGCAGUUGGGGUGAUGUGAGUUUUGGCUCCGUCGUGGAUAUGGAUGUGGGGGGAAGUGUUGUGAAUGACCAAGGAAGGGUGCUUUUUUUUUAAUCCACAGUGGCCCUGGGUGUGUCCCCAAUGAGACAGUGAUAAACUUUGGCUCUAAUUUAGCAUGCAGACUGGAAGCUGAUUUUUAGGAAGAUUACCUUUGCCAAACUGGUGAAAAUGUGCCUAUCAGUUAGAUGCCUAUGAGCACACUCUGUGCCCUGCCCAGUAGCAGUCUCAAGAACCAGGUCUCUGCCUUCCUUUGAGUGCUACCAGAGGCCUCCAAGGCUCCCUGAGUGAGCCUGGGGGGUACUUGAGGCUCAAGGACUCUGGUCUGACGAGCCUGAAUCCUCAUCUGUAGCUCUGGCCUUCUGGGUCCCAUGACCUCCCAGUGCCCUCUGUCUUUCUGUUCCCACUGGCCUGGCUGAGCCCAAACAGACCUCCACUGUGUCUGGUGUCAGGAAACAACUCAGCCUCCCAAGCCACUGCCCUCAGCCCAGCACCACACCUUACUGGUGGGAACUGGAGGCACCUCUGCCCAUGUGGACUGAGGGGCAGGUGGCAGCUUAACACCUCCCCAGCUUGCUAACCAGGCUGUCUGCAAAGCCCCAGCAAGCGAGGGCUGUGGCAUCGCCUCAACAAGUACCUCCUUACCACUAGCAGGAUUACAGCCAGUCUACAGUUGAUAGACACAGCCUACAGCUGGUACCCCAGUGGCAGACGCUGCUUUCUGGCAAGCCUGCAGCUACCUGCCCACCUUUUCACCAUCUGACCUAGUCUACCCUUAAAUCUUCUUGAAACAUAAUCCAGACCUGGAAGGGUGACAGAGGAGUUCCACCUCUUCCAUCCAGACCCAGUAGCAGCUGCCCACCACUUAUUGAGCUUCUCUGGCUGCCUGUGCUUAUCUCUGACCCUUCUGAAAGCUUCCAGACACAAAGCAGCUCUCAGGAGCCAAAACCUGAGGCUCCACCUUCAUAUCAACAAUUUGAUCUGGGGUGCUGAAGAUAAGCACUCUAGACAGUUCCCCCUGUCAGACUUCAGGCAACAGAGCGAAGGGUCCCAGCAGGCCAGAGAAAAGGGCCAGGCUGUGAGCCAUGACCCGGGGGCACAGCUCCCUAUCCCCAAUCCCUCGGUGGAAAAAGUCAAAUUUGAUUUACCCUCCCCAGAAUGUGGAGCUGGGGCCUCCAGACAGCCCCCACCCCAGCCAGAUGAAGGCCCUGUCAGGGAAGGGUAGACAAGAGCAACAGCGGAAAGACCCCGAUUCAAAGUCCCAGACCCUUUCAGGGAGGAGCUUCCUCUGAUGGGUCACUGCCAUCCCCAGUUCCUGUGCACCAAGAUCAGCAGCAGUGUGGACCAUGUCCUCCUUCACCCGGGUCCCACACCCCACUCCUGAGGCCCCACAUCCACCCACCGCAGCUGCCCCCUGCUCCAGGCAGCACACCUUCACCUGCUGGUCUCCACCCUGCUGCUUCUCACUGGUGCCCUAGCUGUGCCCAGCACCCCACCCCUACAUAGCAGAGCCUUCCUAGGUGCAGUAGUCCCACCGCCCAGCCCACCACUGCCAUCCAACCCAUAUUAACUGUAAUUUUGCAAGAGGGUGAAUUGUCGGUUUAAUAAAUCUCUAGCUAUUGUAAUAAUUUAUUGGCUGCCAUAAUGUAUUUAUUAGUCACUAUCAUUAAUAAAAAGUGCCAGCUCUUUCUAGUGUCUAA